GCAAUAGCAAUUAUUUGAUCUUUCUCAGCGCGAUAGCGAUUCGCAUUUGCGAGAAGUCCUCCAGAUGUUUUCGUGGUUGUAUGGUUCGGACGAGCAGGCUGACGCUGGUCAGGACGGCAGUGCUGCAGGCCCCGAUGCACCACCCGGCGGAGCGGAAGGCGCAGCGAAGCAGCGGGUGCAAGUCGGCGGAGCUGCAACCAGCAAAGAUCGUUUUACAGGGCCUUCCGCACGACCACCAGCGACGAGAAAGAAAAACAACCACAGCGAAUCAAAAAUCUCUCAUCAAGGUAAUACAAAGCACCAUCAUAAUGAUACGCAGCACAAUGGAGCACAGCCCUUCGGCCCGUCUUCGUCCUCCACUGCGCCAUCAAGGGAAAAAGUAGAUCCUGAGCAUUUAUUCCAUCGGCAGGGGGAGCAGCAGGACCGAGGACCGACCGAGGCUUCAUCGCGGAACGACGUCAAUAGCCAUCGACGACGUCGUGACAACGCUGGGCGCGAUGGGGCGGUUGCUGGAGCUUCUGCGGCGCCCAAGCAAAGGCUGUUCACCGCCACGUGCCGGAUUCGUGUGCGGUCCACACGGUACGAGGACGGAGUGACGGUUGGCUUCAUUCCGCAGGACGCGACGGUGAGAGUGCUGGAGGUCCGUGGCCGACGCGGGAAUGUGGCCGCGGGAAACCUGGUUGGGUGGGCCAAUUUAGCGGACAAGGAGCGCCAGGAGUGCUACCUGGACCCAGUCCCGGACGCGCUGCAGCUGGUAAGACGGACAACGAAGACGAUGUUGUAUGGGGGCGAAAGUAGUAGAAAACUGCGUUUUGUGUUGAAGACGUUAACACUUUUUGUAUGCACGACAUUCAUCGACCCUGUCCCGGACGAGGCAGCUUUUGCAUGUGAGUUUUGUUGUUCGUUUUCGCGUAGUUCUGGCUGUAGCAGUUGCACAAGUAGAUUACACUUAGGCUCGCAGCCGCAUGAUUCCUACGAUGUUGAAGCGCAGCGUUUUUGUUUUUUGUUGGAUAGUGUUGCGACCACGAGCAGCACUUCUGCCAUUGCUGGUGGUCGGAGUGCAGCAACAAGGAGCGGGGCCGCGCCGGGGAUCAUGGAACAGGAAGAUUAUCAGCACUUUGAGGCCCUGGACCUUAUCGAGCAGGGGAAUUUGAGGAGCACGCGCGACGUCGCAAAAGAGAAGAGCGAGCUCAUCCGGCGACAGGAGCAACAAAGAGCAUCGGAAGACCUGCAGAACGAGCAAGACGCGCUGAAGAAUCUCCUGCUCUAUUCAUUCAAAAAGGGCGCGGCCACGGAAAGGCUGGGCGGGAUCGUGAAGAAGGUGCUCAUGAGCAGCUAUAGAAAGGUAUCCUCAACGAAAACAUCCCCACCCCGGCGUAGCCUGUCAAGAGCAACUCUGCAACACACACCCUGCAGGGUUGGGAGUCCCGACUGUUGACAUGUUUGUAUCUGUGCUGUUGUGCAGGUGGUUAGCAAAGACGGACGCAUUUCAACCCAUCUGCUCAUCCUGUUAUGCAGCAUUGCUUACAUACAAACACUAAAAGUAAAACACGACCAGGAGGAGGAAUUCUUCUGAUGCGGAUUUGCAUACAGGCACAUUCAUACAAAUCAGUAUCAGUUGUAGAUCAUGCAAAAAAUCUCCACUACAGCAGGAGCUCUGGAAUUCUUGUGGGGGCGUUUUUAAGCGGGAAAAAAAGCGUUUUUCUUCGCGUGGAGGAAAUUCAAGGGGUUGCUGGAGGCGGACGACGGCAGGUUCGUGCAGGUGUUCGAGGUCCCAGAAACGCGCGCGGGUGGAAAAAAAAGCCGUCCGGGUGGUCGUGGGGGUAGAACCGAUAACGACCACAACUACGACGUGGAGCUACCGCUUGAUCAUGAGGAAGAUGAUGAAGUAGAGGUAAAAAAUCUCGAGGCGCUAGACAAGGAUGUGGACGGACAAAAUGAGCCAAAACUGUUACGACCUGAGAGGGAAGAGCAAGAAGUUUUGAAGAUGAAACGUGACCAAAUGAGAAAAGAUGCUCGUGACUUUGAAGUUCUCCUCGGCAAACUCUAUAACAGAUGACAAAUGCUUAGCUGUAGCUGCGAAGAUUGGAAAUGAC